GGUACCGGUAGGGGCAGAAUUCCUGUCCACAGAUGUCAAACCCCACCGCAACGUGAUACGAGUAUGAUACGGUAUCAUACGGUAGUUGUACCCGUCGGGAGAACACAGCCUUCCUAAAAAGCAAGUGUCCAACGGUCUGAGCCGAUAAGAAAAUCGAGUGCAUUUCUGUGAUUAUACCCUCAUCUGAUCAUCGUGUCCCCAGAGUUCCCUCGAUUCCCAGUUUUGAGCUAAUUUUCUGCGCCAGUUGCACUUUUGAAACCAGGUAUUGGCUCCUCCCAAUCCCACGGGUGGUGUAGGAGUGCAGGCCAUUUGCCGCCUUGGGUGCAAGCCUGUCCCAACUGGAGAGCUGAACCGCUAGAGCUGUCGGCCGCUUAGAAUUGGACACGGCUUCGUAAUUACUUCGAGCCGUUCGCAACAGCCUCCUCAGGGUCUGGCAUUCGCACCUGGAACACCAUGCAGCCAACCGGACCCUAACCAAAGCCUUUGUUGGUCCAAAGGUUCUGCUGGGCCGGGCGGCAUCCGGUGGCCACUUAGUCAGUGGGGCCAAUCAACGGAAUUGUGGGUAUUUAUUAUUGGGUGAAAGAAUGCACUUGCUGAGGAUAUGGUGCCGGUAUGCGAAGAAAUUCUGGAGCAGCGAUGCAUUACUUACUAAAGAGGCGGUAGCAAUUCUGCAGUGGGUAUACAUCACACGCUUAAUUUAUCCCUCGGAUCACCCGUUAGAACGUCCGCGAUGCGAUACGAUACGACACGACAUGACCAGGAGCAGAGCAAGAUGCAGGCACAAACCAUACAUACACAUAAGAUCUGCGGACUAGGAGUAAAUGUAAAUAUAGACGUACUACCGUCAUCAGCCUCUGAAACGAUUCUACAGGUGGAAAGGAAGGGAAGGAACUGCGAGAACCCUGCCAAGAGUAGCUCACGGAAAACCCAAGGAACCAUUGGAUAAAGGAGGAAUUGGAAUUGCUCAAACUUAGACUUCCAUAGCGUGCUGCAUAAGUCGCGCGCCCUUCCAUUGCUUGGGGCUGCGCUUGCAUUCCUCUUGUAUUCCUCUUGUACAUGGCUGCGUUUGUUGUUUCCAUGCGCGGAUCUAGUGUUUGCUUUCGUUAAACAGCGUGGUUUAUUCACCCUUUUCUGAUCCUCUUGCUCUCUACCCUCUUUGGAUAAUCAACAAAUUACCUCAUCUC